AGAAACCCGAUCACGGCUUCCUUUCUCGCUCCGCUCCGCUUAUAUGCGCCCACGGUUUCCUUCUCAGCAAAGGAAAACCUGUCCACGGCUUCCUCUCGCUUGGUAGAUCGCCGCUUCCAUCUGUUCGCUGAUGGCGUCGUCCUCCGAUUUCUCCACUGGAGAUGCUGUGAUGAAGAGACAAAACAGGGGGUCUCCUAUCAAAUUCCUAGUCCCUCUCAUAUACGCUCCCAUCCUCCCUCUCAUUCGAAUCGGGCUGCGGCACAACCCGGUGAUGAGGGAGCGGUUGUUCUUCGGCGUGUUGGCCGGUGCCUUCGCUCACGGGGCGUACCUGGUAACCGAUUUGUACGACAUCGAGAGCAAAUGAGCUUCACUGGCUGCUUCAGAUGGUGUUAUAUUAUUAGCGGGCAACAUUACUUUCUGAUUCUACGUAGUGCAUUUUCAACAUCAAACUAUAUCUGAUUUAUAUAAUCAGCAUGGUAUUCUACAUGUUUCUUUUCCACAAAAAUGUUAGUUUAUUUUCUUUGGUCUAACUAAUUGAUAUGGUUGUGCAUCGUAAUGAUGCCAAGUUUCUGGAGUACUUAAAACUUAUGCUUCAGUUCAUUCUUUAGAAAAUCAAACCAACUUUUUCUUCACAAUCAUUCUGCCAAUGAUUGUUAUUAUCUGCUGCUCGUACAGUGAGGGUUGUUCUACAAAAUAAGUGCUUGUGCGAACAAAUCAUCCUUUACUAUGAUGUGUAUCUUUAUCAGUCA